CGCGGAAGGUCGGAGCCUUCUAGUUGGAGGAAGAAGUUGGCGUAGGCGUUGUUCUCCAUCGGAUCUGCUCCUGCUUUCCCUCACGGCCACGGCGGCUGAAGCAGAGGACCAGGCUGCGGCGAUGAGAGGUCAGGGACGGAGUCUGAAGGGGAGCUGCCCCUGAGGUCCAGACUUGAGCACGGGCGCGCAUUUGAGGCCGGAGGCGCCUCCCAGGGUCGCCUAGGAGCGCAGCUAUUGUUGAGUCCGUAACUUUCUCAGCGCUCCAGCCACCGCCGUAUGGCCUCCAUAGCCGGCACCGCUGGGGACCUACCAGAGCUUGUUGCUGCUCCAUGAGCCCGCCGAGAAGUAGGGCCUCGAGAAGAGUGCGGGCUUUAUCGCUACACAUCUGAGAUUCAAGAGUCUUAGGUCAUCAGGGACUGAACCUUCAUGCUGAUAUACAGGCCUUAAAAUUUCAUCUCGGAGUGAUCUUUUUCUUCAACCGGCCUAUGCGACACAGAACACCCGACAGGGAGGAUCCUGAAGAAGAAUGGCCAGCUCUGGUUCUCAAGACGUGGUCUGUGGGUCAGUGACGUUUAGGGAUGUGGCUGUUGUCUUCUCUCAGGAGGAGUGGGCCUGCCUGGAUGCUGCGGAGAGGGUCUUAUACAGAGACAUGAUGUUGGAGACCUACAGAAACCUCCUCACAGUGGUGGGAAGUUCCAUUUCCAAACCCGAUCUGAUCACCUUAUUGGAGCAGGAGAGAGAGCCCUGGAUGGCUGUGACGGAAGAAGCAGACAGGCCCAGCCCAGAUUUGGAGUCAUGUAAUGAAGCUGAAAAUACAUCUCCAGAAAAUCAUAUUUAUAAUAGAAAUUUACUCAAACAGAGUAUACAACAAUUAAGUAAAGCUUUUGCCCUCAAGGCCUCCAGUUUCAGUAAUGGCCCCAAUUAUAGUACAUUCAAGGAACUACAGAGUUAUCAAGGACAUGUUGAUCAAAAGAUUAGUAACAAAGAAAAUCUGUCUACUUACACCUGUCAGACUCUUGUUCACAAUAUAAAAAAAGCGUAUGAAUGUAAAGAGUGUGGAGAAUACUUUGGUUGUAGUUCAACUUUUAUUCAGCAUCAGAGUAUGCACACUGGAGAGAAACCCUGUGGAUGUAAGGAGUGUGGGAAAACCUUCAGAUUCCACCAACAACUUAGAAGGCCUCAGAAGUCUCACAGUGGUGAGAAACCUUUUGAAUGUAAAGAAUGUGGAAAGGAUUUUCAGCUUCUCAACCUGCUUAAGUACCAUAAAACCAUUCAUACAGGUACAAAACCAUUUGAAUGUGAGGAAUGUGGGAAGUCUUUCAAGCGUGUCUCCAGCCUUGUUGAACAUAGGUUUAUUCAUGCUGGUGUGAAGCCAUAUGAAUGUAAAGAGUGUGGGAAAACCUUUAAUCGUCGCUCAAACCUCAUGCAACAUCUGAAAAUUCACUCUGGUGAGAGACCCUUUCAGUGUAAGGAGUGUGGAAAAGCCUUCACUGUUCUGGCACAGCUCACUCGGCACCAGAACAUUCAUACUGGAGAGAAAUCAUUUGAAUGUCAGCAGUGUGGGAAGAUAUUCAUAACUCGUUCAUGCCUUGUGCAACACCAGAGUAUUCAUACUGGUGAGAAACCCUUUGAGUGUAAUGUCUGUGGGAAGGCUUUUAGGCUUCAGGUAUACCUUUCUGAACAUCAGAAAACUCACACUGAUGAGAAACCUUUCAAUUGCAAGCUGUGUGGGUCAGCCUUCAGACGUAAGAACCAACUUAGUGAGCAUCAUAGAAUCCAUACUGAUGAGAGACCCUAUCAGUGCAAGGAAUGUGGGAAACACUUCCGUCGACGUUCUAAUUUUACUGAACAUCAGAGUAUUCACACUGGAAAGAAACCAUUUCAGUGUAAGGAAUGUGGGAAAGUCUUUAGACUUAAUAUACAUCUCAUUCGACAUCAAAGAUUUCAUAGUGGUGAGAGACCUUUUGAAUGUAUGGAAUGUGGAAAGACUUUUCAUCUUCCCAGUCAGCUUAAUAACCAUAAAACUGUUCAUACAAGCAAAAAACCCUUUGAAUGCGAUGCAUGUGGGAAGUCCUUCAAACGUGUUUCCUCCCUUGUUCAACAUAGAAUUAUUCAUGCCGAUGUGAAACCAUAUGAAUGUAAUGAAUGCGGGAAAGCCUUUACUCGUAGCUCAAACCUCACACAACAUCAGAAAAUUCACACUGGUGAGAGACCCUUUGAGUGUAAUGUUUGUGGGAAGGCUUUUAGGCUUCAGGUAUACCUUUCUGAGCACCAGAAAACUCACACUGAUGAAAAGCCUUUCAAGUGCAAGCUGUGUGGGUCAGCCUUCAGACGUAAGAACCAACUUAGUGAACAUCAUAGCAUCCAUACUGAUGAGAGACCCUAUCAGUGCAAGGAAUGUGGGAAACACUUCCGUCGACGUUCACAUUUUACUAAACAUCAGAGUAUUCACACUGAAGAGAAACCAUUUGAGUGUUAGGAGUGUGGAGAGGCUUUUCAUCUUCCCAGCCAGCUUCAUUACCACAAAAACAUUCUUCAAAAAAUAUUUGAGUGUGAGAAAUGUGGAAAGUCUUUCAAGCGUGUCUCCAGCCUUGUUGAACAUAGGAUAAUUCAUGCUGGUGUGAAGCCUUAUGAAUAUAAAGAGUGUGGGAAAACUUUUAAUCGUCGCUCAAACCUCAUGCAACAUCAGAAAAUUCACUCUGGUGAGAGACCCUUUCAGUGUAAGGAGUGUGGAAAAGCCUUCACUGUUCUGGCACAGCUCACUCGGCACCAGAACAUUCAUACUGGAGAGAAAUCAUUUGAAUGUCAGCAGUGUGGGUCAGCCUUCAGACUUCAGUCCCAACUUCGUCAACAUCAGAGAAUUCAUACCAACAUGAAACUCUUUCAGUGCAAGGAGUGUGGGAAGGACUUUUUUCGUAGUACAGGCCUUAGAAUUCACCAGAGAAUCCACACUGGUGAGAAGCCCUUUCAGUGUAAGGAAUGUGGGGAAGCCUUUCAAUAUCGGUACCAAUUUCUUAGACAUUUUAGAAUUCAUACUGAUAAGAAUCCUUAUGAAUGUAAAGAAUGUGAGAAGUACUUUACUUGUGGUAGAGACCUUGAAGUACAUCAAAGAAGUCAUACUAGUGAGAAAUUUUACCAAUGUUAGGAAUGUGGGAAGGCCUUUAGUUGAAAAUCAAGCUUGGUUUGGCAUGCUAAAAUUCAUAUUGGUAAGAAACCUUAUGGAUGUAAGGAAUGUGGAAAAGCCUUUAGUGAUAAUUCUAAUCUAGAAGUAUAUCAGAGAAUUCACACUGGUGAGAAACCAUGUGAAUCUAAGAAAGGUUGGGAAAUGUUUAGAUUUAGUUCAGCCUUCACUGCACAGUGGAGCAGUCAUACAGGCAUGAACACUGUCUCUGUAAAGAAUGCAGAGACUUUCAAUUCGAGCUGAGGCCUUGUUUUAACAUAAGGGAAUCUAUGCUGGAGUGAAACCCUGUGAAUACAAGGAAUGUGGGAACAUUUAUAGAAUUAGCUCAGCUCUUUUUUUUUAAAAAAAAAAAUAUUUAUUAUGUAUACAGCAUUCCUUCCAUGUGUGCCCACAAGCCAGAAGGGGGCGCCAGGUCUCAUUAUAGAUGGCCGUAAGCCACCAUGUGGUUGCUGGGAAUUGAACUCAGGACCUCUGGAAGAGCAGUCAGUGCUCUUAACCACUGAGCCAUCUCUCCAGCCCCUUAGCUCAGCUCUUAAACGUCAUCAGAGCCCUUCUAGUUCUGCAACCCUAUAAAUGUAAAGAAUGUGGGAAAGCCUUUAUUGUAAAUCAUGAACUUAAACAUCAGAAAAUCCAUCAUUGUUAGGAGUCCUAUGUAUGUAAGGAGGAUGGACAAGACUUUGUAUGGAAAUUUUACUGAACGUCAGAGAAUUCAUUGGCAAGACUGUGGCUGAAAGAAUGUGGGAAGAACUUUAAUCUGACCUAGGAUUUGGUCAACAUCAGAGUAUUCCAGGAAACCCUUAGUGAAUCAGAAUGUGGGAAGUCUGUUGUUUAGAGAUGAAACUCUAUUGAGAAUAUCUUUGAAUGUCAGAAAUAAAGGAUAACCAUCAUGUUCUUGAGUUACUCAUCUCAUUCUAUAAACUUAAUUUCUCAAACACUAUUCACCCAGGACAGUCAGCUUAGGGAGAGCAGUUAUUCAAACUUGGUGUAUCUGAGGCACCUUCCUUGUCACGAUUAAUGCUGUAUGUCUCCUGUCAUAUUAACAUAAACAUACUGAAUGUUUGCUUUCUUAUUGCAGAAUUUGUGAAUGGCCAGCCCAGUACCAGUCAAAGUAGUGGGAACAGAGUUAUAAUAAGCAAUAUGAUUUUUCAGAGGAUUUGGUCAAUGCCUCUUUCUGUAAAAUAGGUUUUACAUUUUUCUCCCCUGACAUUACUGUAACUGAUAUGACAGACCAUUUGUACUUUAAAUAGUUUAGAAAACCUCAUGCAUUCAUUUUCUAUUAGAUUUUAAACAACUUCAUUCUGUAUACAUGUAAUGCAUAAAAAGGAAUAUGAAAGGAUUUGAGUCGAAAAUCCAUUCCUUAAGUAUUUGUGUGGAGAUAUUAAAAGCAGCUAUUGAUGAAUAAGUACUUUCUAAAGAACUUAUACCCUUAAGAAUUUCAAAAGAUAAAAGCACUAUGAUUUAUGUCCUCCUCCCACACAGUAAGAUAAACUGUACAUUUGUGACAGGGCAAAAAAUUCCACAGGAUCGUCCAUCUCUUAGUCUUGCUGAGGCUUGUCAUGUUUGGGUAGAAUUUGAUUGUCUUGAUGGAGAAUCUCAUGAAAAAUUACAUAACUCUAUUCAGAGAAUCUGAGGUCAAAUUACCCCUGAUAGUUUGCCUGGCUUCACUUAAAGGGCCCGUAUGUUGAAAACUUCCCCUCCAGCUACUGCUUAUCUUGGCCACUGUUAAACUGCCUGCUUGGGCAAAAUCUCCCUCUGCACUGUUGAGCAAGAUUACAGAAUGUGGGAUUUAGUCUAAAUGCUUAGAGCUACACUUAGGUCCUGAAUACCUGAAUGUAAUCUCAGCUGGUUAUAAUAAAUCCUUUUAGUUAAUAUAAACUGUCGGAGUGAUCUUCUCUGGUGGGCUCCCUCUAACACAUUAACAAAAAUAGCUAAAUAAAAACCAUUUCUAGGCCGGGCGGUGGUGGCGCAUGCCUUUAAUCCCAGCACUCGGGAGGCAGAGGCAGGCGGAUCGCUGUGAGUUCGAGACCAGCCUGGUCUACAAGAGUUAGUUCCAGGACAGGCUCCAAAACUACAGAGAAACCCUGUCUCGAAAAACCAAAAAAAACAAACAAACAAAAAAAAAAACAUUUCUAAAAAUACAGGUGUGAGCCAGGCAGUGAUAGUGCACAUCUUUAAUCCCAGCACUUGGCAGGUAGAAGCAGGUGGACCUCAAUGAGGCCAGCGUUGUCUACAGAAUGAGUUCCAGGAUGGCCAGGGCUACGCAGAGGGACCCUAUCUCAAUUUCCCCCCAAAAAAUAUAUGAAUAUUUUCAUACUUAUGGAAAAGUUGGAAUAGUCAACACCAUUCUGUAUCAUCAUCUAGAUUUAAAAUUGUUAUCAAUUUCUUAUGUUGAUGCUAUAUAAGUUUAUAAAUAUAUAAAUUUUUAUAAAUAUGUAAAUUUAUAAAUAUGUGAAUUUCUUAUGUUGAUGCUAUAUCAAUUUCUUAUGUUGGUCCUAUAUAAAUAUGUAUAUAUAUAUUUUCCAUAUAUAUAUAUAAACAUAUAAUGGUAUACCCCAAAUACAUACAUAUAUAUCAUAAUUAUUCUUAAGGAAAUGAUCCAGAAUUUUAUGAUGUUCACGAUGGGAGCCGAGAAUGCAGGCCAUUUCCCACAUUUGUCUGAUGGUUGGAGUAGCUGUGAGACUAACUGGUGCAUCUGGUACCUUCCGACACAAGAGAUGGUUGCAUAGCACCUUUGAUAGUAAAGAAAACCCGAUGUCAUCCUGAAUGUAGUUUGGAUAUACCAAUGUCGUUCUGCUCCUUCUCUUGUAAUUAUGAGGUCACCUGGAGAAGAAGUGUUUCAGCCUACAUGACAAAAUGGAUAUAAGCAAGACGUGACAUAAGUCUCCCAGCAAAACAGAAUGCAAAUGAAGCUUUUGUUACC